UCGGGCAGCAUAAGUGGUUAAAAAGUGCAUCUCCACACAGGGGUGUUUCCUGCGACGGAUACACCACUGAACCUUUACCGACAUGGCCGACAACGAAUCGCUUGGACCGGCUCGGACCGGCCUCGCCAUACCCCGGAUACAGAUUAGGCGGACGUCGAGUGACACGCAGCUGGACAAGGCCCAGAUCAAGUCGGCCUCGGUCUACAACAUACACGGCCUAAGCGGUUCGCAGCACUCGCUGAGCAUCACGCCGAUCCACAAGGAUGUCGUCGGCUACCGGGGCAGCAAUGAGUUCAUACUGACCGACGAUAAGCAGUCGACGAUGGAUCAGAUCCGUUCGAUCGGACCGUGGUGCCGGCGCAAGUACAAGAACGUGUGCCGGCGAAAGAUUCUCUACAAGCGCGUCCCGGUCCUGAACUGGCUGCCACGCUACUCGGCCGACGAUGCGGUCGGUGAUCUGGUGGCCGGCAUCACCGUUGGCCUCACCGUGAUCCCGCAAGCCCUCGCCUACAGCAGCAUCGCCGGCCUUCCGGCAGCGUACGGUCUGUACGGGUCGUUCGUCGGGUGCUUCGUGUACAUUCUGCUCGGCUCGUGCAAGGACGUGCCGAUGGGACCGACGGCCAUCGCGUCGCUGCUCACGUUCCAGGCGUGCGACGGGAUCUGGCAGCGGGCCGUACUGCUCUGCUUCCUGAGCGGGCUGAUCGAGCUGCUGAUGGGUCUGUUCGGGCUCGGCUUCCUGAUCGACUUCGUGUCCGGCCCCGUCAGCUCCGGCUUCACGUCGGCCGUCUCGCUGAUCAUUCUCAGCUCGCAGGUGAAGGAUCUGCUUGGGAUCUCGGCCAAAGGGAACACCUUCAUCGAGCAGUGGACAUCGAUCAUCGAUAACAUCCAAAACACGCAGCUCGGUGAUGCGUUGAUGGGUUUCACGUGCAUCAUCGUACUGCUGCUGAUGCGUCUACUGCCCCGGAUUAAGGUUGGGCCCCCGGAGCCAGUCGAUCAGUCCAUCGCCCAGAGGAUCAUCAACAAAUCGCUGUGGCUCGUUGGAACCGCUCGGAAUGCGAUCAUCGUCGUGGUGUGUGGUGGCAUCGGAGCAGCGUUCUACGAGAACGGCAAGCAACCGUUCCGGAUGAUUGGCGAGGUGCCGAGUGGGUUACCUUCCGUGCAGGCUCCACCCUUCUCCGUGCCCGAACUCGUGGGGCCCGAUGGGAACGUUACGCAGGCGUACGAAAGCUUCGGCGAUAUGCUGUCGAACCUGGGCUCGAUGCUGAUCGUGAUCCCGCUGAUUGCUCUCCUGGAGAACAUUGCCAUCUGCAAGGCUUUCGCUGACGGAAAACCGGUCGAUGCAACGCAGGAACUGAUCGCCAUCGGAGCGUCCAACAUUGCCAACUCGUUCGUCAUGGGCUACCCGGGAACGGGAGCCCUUUCGCGUGGUGCGGUCAAUAAUGCGAGUGGAGUUCGCACUCCAUUCGGUGGUCUCUACACCGGGCUGCUGGUUAUACUGGCGCUGCUCUUCUUUACGCCCUACUUCUUCUACAUCCCUCGGGCGGCCCUAGCGGCGAUCAUUAUUGCCGCGGUCAUCUUCAUGAUUGAGGUGCGCGUCGUGAAGCCGAUGUGGCGCAGCAAGAAGACGGAUCUGAUACCGGGGAUUGCGACGUUCGUCGCCUGUUUGGCACUCCCGCUCGAGUACGGCAUCCUCGUUGGGAUCGGGCUGAACAUCCUGUUCAUCCUGUACCACGCGGCCCGCCCGAAGAUUCACAUGGACCAGGCGGUGACACCGUGCGGAGUGAAGUACCUGAUGCUGACACCCGACCGGUGUCUGAUCUUCCCGUCGGUCGACUACGUGCGCAACCUGAUCAACAAGCAGGGCCUCAAGAGCCAGAUCCCGCUGGUGAUCGACUGUACGCACAUCUACGGUGCCGACUUUACGGCGGCCCAGGUCAUCGACACGCUCAUCAAGGACUUCAAGAGCCGGAACCAGUUGCUGCUGUUCCUCAACCUGAAACCCUCGGUCGGCAACGUGUUCGAGGGGGCCGAUCUCGAGUACCGGGUGUUCUACGACUUCGAGCAGCUGGACAAGGCGAUCCAGGAGUGCCGCCGGAAGAGCAUCCAGCCUUAGCCGCCCGUGCCCGGUCGCAAGUGAUCUGUACAGUUUAGCCUUAACGAUAAGAGUCCUCUCCGCCCCGUCAGUGUACCGUAGGCUACCUCAUAGGUGGACCAGUCCGUUCGUUCCUAGACCCCUUCCCGAUUUUGUUGUACUAUUUAGUGA